AUGGGCGGGGUACACCUGGACAGCCCGGUCCUCAUCGUUUGUUCAUAUGCGUCACCUGAGGCUCCUAAACUGUUUGUUUGGGAUGAACGAGUUCAGUGGCUGGAGUCCAUUGAAGUGACAAAAUCGGCCCUGCAGCAGAAAAUGUUGGACAUCGAGAGUGAGAAGGAGCUGUUCAGUAAGCAGAAAGGUUACUUGGAUGAAGAGCUGGACUACAGGAAGCAGUCGAUGGAUCAGGCCCAUAAGAGGAUCCUGGAGCUGGAGGCCAUGUUGUUUGAGGCUCUGCAGCAGGAAGAGGAAUCCAAGAUAGAGGGAUUAAAGAUGGAGGGUCGACUGUCUGAGAGUCUGACAGAGGGAGAGCGAGAGGAGCUGAGGAGAGCCAUGGACCAGUGGAAACGAACUGUGAUGUGUGAGCUCAGAGAGAGAGAUGCCCAAAUCCUUCGAGAGCGGAUGGAACUACUGCAGCUCACCCAACAGAGGAACAAGGAGCUGGAAGAAUUUAUAGAAGCACAGAAACGACAGAUUAAAGAGCUGGAAGAGAAGUGUGUGCAGACCACCACAGUCCAGCAGCUGAGUGGCCAGGUCAGCUCAGUCUGGAUCAGACCAGGAGGACCUGAAAGGAUUCCUGGAACCAGCAGCUCACCAACCGAGGGUCUAUGGGUUCUCUGUUGCCAGCCAAUCAGAGCAGAGCCCAGCUGUCAGCUGGCUCUCAAACUAUCCUGUUACACGUUCCUAGAAUGCCACUGUGCUGUCUCACAAUGACUGAUGGCUUCGUUUCAGCUUGCUGAUGUUCAGCUAAGUAAAAGAGUCUGGCCCAAACUGGUGUUGGACUCUUACUAGCUAAACUAGGUGACACCCUAUAUGAUUAGCUUAGGUCGCUGAUUUUGAAGUUGUCAGAUGGGGUUGGUUCAGUAACCUGUGACAGAGCUGAACCUGAGCUCAGCAGAGUUAGGCUGAAGAGCAAAAUCUCUAUAAGAACUAGACAUAAAAACAUCACAAACCAGCCUGACAGAAGUUUAGUUCAAUAAUUCUUUGUUCUGAUUGGCUGUUCCACCACCUGAAGAGCAGACAGUGAAUUUAGCUCCUCCCGCUUUAUUCACAGAGCUAAGGUCACACCUGGUUCGUCUGCAACAGAAGAAGGACCUCCACAAUGUCAGGAGGUCUGUUAGGAGAUAAGAGUGAAGUGAAGUGGUCCAGAUAGACCCGGUUAACCAGGUCCACAUAAACCAGGUUCACUGGCGUCCGGUUAAAUACUGCAUCGAUUUCAAGAUACUUUUGUACACAUUCAAGGCUACCCAUCAUCUCUCACCUUCAUACCUCUCUGACCUGGUUCAAAUCACCAUUCCUUCUCCGUAUCUCAGAUCCUCCUCCUCUCUUUCUCUUCCAUCCCUUCCCCCCGACUAGCCACCGUGGGGCGCAGGGCUUUCUGUUGCUCUGCCCCCGACUUUGGAACAUCACUUCCAUCCCUCUAUAUAAGUCCAGACUCAAAACUCACCUAUUCACAUUAGCCUAUUCCACAUAAAUCUUUCCAUCCUGCUACUUUAAUUUAUUUGAUCUAUUUGCUCAACGUUUUAUCCUUAUUAUUUU